AUGCUUCGGGCCUUGGCUGCUGCCCUAUCCGGAGACAAGAAGAGUUUGCCUCAGUGGAACGGCAACGUUGAGAGCCUGAGGCCAUGGUUGAGGAGCUUGUCAUUGUGGGAGUUGGACAACCACCUGCCGAAGCAACGUUGGGGUUUGAAACUACUUCAAUCCUUUCCUGAAGGGAGUGUGCCUCGCAAGGUGGCAGAAGCUCUCGACUUGACUGUGCUGUCUUCAGACCACGGAUACAGUGCAAUCUUGUCUGCAAUAUUGACCAAGUACGGUCCCUACUUGGAGGCCGCUGGACCCGCUGCUGUGGAGAACUUUUUCUACGGUAGCGAAAGAAACAGAUCUGAAAGUUUGGCCACCUACAUUGCAGCCAAGGAGAUUGCCCUCGCUGAGCUGGAGAGUCAAGUUGGUGAGAAGGUACCUCCAAGGAUUGCUGGAAGAAUACUCCUACGUCACGCCAAUUUGAGCGAGACCCAGAAGGAAGCUCUGGCAAUCAAAUACAAUUCACUUCUGCCGUUUGAACAAAUGGCCGCUGCCCUACGACCUUUGGAUCGGCCGGAGGCCUUAGUGCAUCGGGUGGCCAAGACCUUUUUGGCCGCCGGUUCAAAAGAUGACGAAGAGGCUGCCGAAGAAGUCGACUAUGAGGAUGAAGAGUUGGUCCCAGAUGAAGACUGGGAAGAAGGCCCAGAAAGUGAUGGAGAAGGUGGAAUGAACUAUUUGCUGUUCGACACCCACCAAGAGUACACAGAAGAAGAGGCCAACUACAUUUGGGCUUACAAUAGUGCCUACAAGGACAUCCGGAAGGAGUUGCAAGCCAGGAGAAAAGGUCGACAGUUCUACAAACCCAAAGGCCGCUCUGUAGCCAAGGGCUCUGGCAAGAAGGGCAAGCACAAAAGUCGCAAAGGGAAACCUUCAGCUGGAAACCGUGGCACUCCAGAAGACUUGAUGGCUCGAACAAAAUGCUUCUCUUGUGGUGAGCUGGGACACAUGAGCAAGGAGUGUCCUCAGAAGAACCGGACUUCAUUCUUCGUGUGUCGUGGAACACAGUUGGAACAGUCACGGACAUAUGUAGUUGGAGUUGAGUCACCGAUCCCAAGUGCACAUGUGGUCGAAAAUGCUGACGAUGCUGCCCAGAUUGCCCAGCAUAACCGGCACCUUGACGUGCCAAAACCAGGUGUAUCAGAUACACCUGGUUUAUCAUCUGGUGUCGGGCCUUCCCAAGCUGGACAAAAUGCUGACGAUGCUGCCCAGAUUGCCCAGUAUAACCGGCACCUUGACGUGCUAAAACCAGGUGUAUCAGAUACACCUGGUUUAUCAUCUGGUGUCGGGCCUUCCAAAGCUGGACCGGGUACAUUGAGCAUUGAGCAGUCGUGCCUUGAGCAGUCGUGCAUUGAGCAGUCGUGCAUUGAGCAGUCGUGCAUUGAGCAAUCGUGCAUUGACAAGUCAUGCGUUGAGCAGUCGAACAUUGUACAACAGUCGAGCAUUGAGCAACAUAGCAUUGUGCAACCGUCGAGCAUUGAGCAACGGAACAUUGAGCAACAGUGCAUUGGUCGAGCAGAAUGUUGGACGGGUGCUGCACCCCCAGAGGUGAACUCUGUGCUGGUGAAUGUAUCCUCUGAGGUGCAAAAGUGUGUGCAAAUCUUUGCUGGAGUUAAGACUGAAGGAACAGAAGCCAUUGUGGACACCGCUGCUGAAGAAGGAGUCAUUGGUAGCAAUGCCAUGCGAAGACUUCGAGAAGCACUUUCACGCUUCAAGCUGCAGCCGGUGGAGGCAUCUGGCUCAACAGUUUCUUGUGCCGGCAUUGGUGGAAGCGCACGCAUUGUUGGGAUUUUUGAUAUCCCGAUUGGUGUGGCUCGCUGCAACUCACUUAUUCGAGUGACCGAAAUAGCUGAUGAAGGGAAUUUUGAGACCCCGUUCUUGCUGCCCAUUUCGUACAUUGAGUUGGUUGGUGGAGUUGUUGAUACAGGUCGAAACAUCUUCACCUUGAAGAAUGGCCGUAGGACCCCAAUGAGGCGCACACCUUCCGGCCAUCGAGCCAUCUCUGUUGUCGAAUUUUCUGGACAGUGGAAACUCCCUCCACAGCUGGCAGAUGAACUCGGUGCAAAGGAUCGCAACCCGUUUCACAUGGACAUUGCUGGAGAGCGAAAUCGUGUUCAGCAGCGCCCAGGGGUUGCAGUAUGGGUCAAAGAAGGUCAAGUGGUCACCUUUGUAGGCACAUUGCCAGGCCCUCGUGAUACAUUGGUACAUCCUUCAGAGUGUCUCUCCCCAGCCGAGUUGCCUCACAUUUCUGGCCGCAGAGUCACACAUGCUGUUUUUGAUGAUGACAUUGCCUCCAACAUCCAUGAUCUGUGGACCGGACAGCAACGCCAAUUUCCUUUUUGGUCCGGAGAUGUCGUUUUUGAGCGUUUUGAACGUUUUUCACCUCCUGUUGACGUUGCUGACACUCCACACCCACCUCUCGAACCUCAAGACGGUGUCCAAGUGCGACCGGCAUCUGGCGAGGCCACUGCAACCGCCAGCCACCGCACUGCACCAGAGGUGGGAGACUUGGAGAAGGAGCUGUGUUUUCAGAGUUUGCAAGGUGACGGUGCAUUGUCUAGCUCACAGAGGAAGUCAAAGUGUGAAUAUUUUGAUUUGUCCCAUCCUCUCAGUGCUCCAAAUAGCUCCAGUCGCCUGCAGAUUUGUGUGAGUGCUCAAGCUCGAGACGAUCAGGAAGAUCAAGACGAACCCAAUCCGCAUCGGAAGAUGGGAUCCAAGCGCCUGAUGGAAGCUUGGCGCAGGAUGGGAUUGAUGAUUUUGAAUCUCAUCGUGACCUCCACCCAAAGGUCAGCCAUGGAGUACCUCAUGCAGCGCAACACCAUUCAGCCCAAGUCAGUCGAGGCUGUGAAGGAGAAGCCCAAGAGCUCCAAGAAGAUCGGCGAUGGAAAGAUUCGCCGUGGCAUCGGGCAGGAGUUGAAACGGUCAAGCGCCUGCAAGACCUGGCGUUUCGAGCCCCAAGAUUGUGCCCACGAAGAAGAUCAGCUCAGGCAGCGAGCAGGCCGUGGUCAGCAUUGGUGGACCUGCCUGGCAUGUGGGUCACGAUGGGAGCGCUUGGAAUGGGCCGAAGACAAGGCUUUCAACACGGGAGCCCAAUCAUCCACGGAUCCACCACCGACAACUCUCGAAGUGUUCAAGCCCUCCAAGGUGGCUUACCCGAAGACGCUCCCGGCCCCCAGGCACUCCCAGGGCAUUCCAGCCCUCCAGCUGGAGGAGAUCAUCGAAUCGCCAGCCAAGCACUCCAGCCAGAAGCCAUCCAAGCAGAACCAAGGCCGCAUUCCAGCGGACUACCAGACAGCCGACGAGCGCUUGGACGGAAUGCUGAAGAGUCACAUGGGCCCAAAGGAAGCCAUGAAUGCAGCGCUCAUGAACCAGUGGCCGACUCCUCGUGGUGCAACACGCCGCACUCCCUCAAGCGGUGUUCGCGAGAUCCAAGAGAUGCAGAGGCCUCGAACACCAAGGAUCUCGGACAGGGUGGAAGUUCAUGCCAUCCAUUCGUCGGACGAGGAAGUGAAGUCGAGUGGGGUCAGCUCCUUUUCAGUGACCUCCCCAUGA